AUGGAGUCGGAGGCGGCGGCGCGGACGCUGCCCAGCGCCGGGCGCCUCUCGCGGGGGCCGCUCUUCGGGCGGGCGCGCGGCCGCUUCACGCUCGGCUCCGGCGGGGCGCAGCCGCCGCCAUCACAGGAGGAGGCCGAUCCCCAGAGGGCCGCGUCGYUGCUGCGCAAGCAGUGGAGCCUCUACAGCGUGACGCCCCUGUACAGGUUCUCGGGCGCCCGCCUGAAGGAGUACGCGCGGCUGCUGGGCGCCUUCAUCGCCGCCGAGAAGCAGAAGGGCCUGGCCGUGGGCGAGGGGGUGGACCUGGGCGUCCAGGYGACCUUCUCCAGCCUCCCCGAGCUGCGCGGCGGCCACCGGGACCAGCCCGCCGUGCUCGUGCAGCUUUCUUCAAGAUCAGUUUCCCCCAAAAGCUCCGACGAGAAGCUCGUGUGGUCAGGCUGCUUCUGCUGCGUGGCUGGAGAGGACUUUUCGGAGAACGUGCCCGAGGACUUCACCUGCUUGCCGCUGUUUCUCGCUAACGGUGCUGAGAGCUACCUGGCCAUGGUCGGGAGCUGGUUUCAGAAGACUUUUGACUGCCACUUCUGCCGGCUAUCCAUCAGCCCUCUCAACCUCAGCUGGAUGGCAGCCAUGUGGACUGGAUGCGGCGUGGAAAAAAACGCAUGUGCCACAGAACUCCUUUUCUCUGUUCCCUGCCUUCCCCAGCCUCUGGAUAUAUCCUAUGCCAUCCACCCAGAAGAUGCAAAGGCUCUGUGGGACACAGUUCAGAAAACCCCAGGAGAGAUCACUCAAGAAGAGGUCAGCCUGUACAUGGACUGCCUCUACUCUCACUUCCACAGACACUUCAAGAUCCACUUGUCAGCUACAAAACUGGUCAAAGUUUCCACAGCGAUUGCCUCCGCACACUGUAACGGGACUAUAAAGUUUCUACAAAGCAAAUACCUACCUGGAGUGCUGAAGCUCCUGACAGAACUAGCAAUCUCCCAGAUACAGUGAGACUUGUUUCUGCUCAUCUUCAUUCCCCCAAAGGUUUGCCUGCUGCAAGACUAAAGCUGAGAAUCCCACUGGAAACUUGCUCCUGCAGAACUUUCCUUUCUUGAACUCCUGUAUUCAAAACUGUAACUAGCAGUAAUGGAACAUCAUCAUCCUCCCCAGGAGAGAAGAACAGAUGUUGCUCUAAUGGAAAGGCCACAGUACUUGGAGAGAAAACACUGCAAACUCUCAAUGCACCUUAAUGAUAGAUAUUUCUGCUGUUGUUUCAAAUGUCAGGUGGAUUUUUCACCGAACUAGACAGCCCCUGCAACAGGGCCCUUUUUCUUAGCUGAACUCAGUCAUAAUCUUGGGCCAAAAUCUAAAUGCCAAGUCAAGCCUGCCUGUGGAAAUGAUGAAUUUUAUGGGGUAGAAAAAUCCCUGUUUUUAACCUCAGCCUUGUGAGGCUGCGCAGUCUUUUUAAGGCCAGCAUAUAACA